GAGAAAUUUUGCUGCUAUGAUUGUGUGCGAUGUCCAGAAGGGCAGAUCUCUGACAAAAUAGAUAUGGAUGCCUGCAUGAAAUGUCCGGAAGAUCAGUAUCCCAACAAGAUUCACAAUCAAUGUAUUCCCAAAGUAUUGAUCUAUCUCUCUUAUGAAGAACCUUUAGGAAUCCUUUUUAUUAUACUAGCUCUUUUUUUCUCUGUGCUUACAACCUUUGUGCUUGGAAUCUUUUGGAUGUAUCGAGAGACUCCUAUAGUCCGAGCCAACAAUCGGAGCCUCACUGGUAUCCUCCUCUUCUCCCUUCUACUCUGCUUCCUCUGCUCCUUCCUCUUUAUCGGAAGACCUGAAAAGAUGACCUGCCUUCUCCGGCAAACAACUUUUGGCAUUAUCUUCUCAGUGGCCCUUUCAUCUGUAUUGGCAAAAACCAUGACGGUGAUUUUGGCCUUCAUGGCAACCAAACCAGGCUCUGGAAUGAGGAAAUGGGUAGGGAAAAGGCUGUCCAAUUCUAUUGUCCUUUUGGGUUCUUUCAUCCAGGUGGGAAUUUGCAUAGUGUGGCUCAGUACCUCUCCUCCUUUCCCAGAUACAGACCUGCACUCACUGACGGGGGAAAUCAUAAUGGAAUGUAAUGAGGGCUCAGUGAUCAUGCUUUACUGUGUCCUGGGUUACAUGGGUUUCCUGGCUACUGUCAGCUUUAAUGUGGCUUUCCAAGCCAGGAAGUUGCCCAACAGUUUCAAUGAGGCCAAGUUUAUCACGUUCAGCAUGGUGGUCUUUUGCAGUGUUUGGCUGUCCUUUGUUCCAACCUACCUGAGCACCAAAGGAAAAUCCAUGGUAGCCAUGGAGAUCUUUUCCAUCUUAUCCUCCAGCGCUGGCUUACUGGGAUGUAUAUUUUCCCCCAAAUGCUAUAUCAUUUUAUUGAGGCCUGGGAUGAACAAGAAGGAAUAUUUAAUAAGGAAAGAAAAGUAA